GUUCUUGAACACAACCUCAACUACGCUACAUUUCGAACUGCAUUGUGGGAUUGGAUGCCGGUGGAAAGCUUCUCGAAGGAACUGCCAAGAUGAUGGUGAGCGAGUUAGCCUUCAUUUCUCAAAUACAUACAUGUAAUCCGUGUCCAUCCUGCUCUUUAUCAGCAUGCAUGUGCAUCGGAACUACUUAUUGUUUAGAGUAGUACUCUUUGUUGGUCGCGAGAAGCAAUUAGAUGGUGAAAAAUAGUUUUAGAAGUGUUUUAUUUGAGCGAGACCGUGCUAGCAUCCUCGGCUUUACCGGCAUCAAUGGGCGUAUACGAUGCAAUCUGUGAUGGAAACCAAUUAUGUUAGCAGUCAGUUAUAACAGAUUUUCUUCCUUGUGAAGCUUUUUCUUUGACUCUUUUACAAAGUAUAUGUCAGGAAUAAACUGUUGCAGCAGCAUGAGUUUGUACUGCUUUGUCAUCCGGUUGUCAUCAUGUUAGCCUCUGUAUGCUAUCACCCUCUUUGUAUGAGGGGCUCCGUUAGCUUAAGUGUCUGUGUGAAAUAGUCCAACCUCUGAAGAGCUGAACAGCUUAAUAAUAAACUUAUACUGACUGUUGGUUUCUCAGUGUUUGAAUUGGCCUAAAUUAGAUGGCACUGAUUGACUGAAUAUUAUUAAAAGGAGAGGGUCUUGUGUACAUCGAGUGACCAGCAUGCAGGUUACAUGAUGAGAAGUGGUAAUGAACAAUACUGCUGCAUCAAGCUGUCAUAACUUGUGGUUCUACGAUGUUUAGUAUUAAAAGAAGGCUGUAGACAGAUGGCCAGCUCUCGACUGUCACUCAGCUGUCUGUCUGAUCUAAACAAAAGCAUCACAAUAAUUAUCUACUGCAGUGAUUCUCAACUGGUCUCACUCAGGGACCCACAUUUUCCCAUGGUCCUUAAGUCACGACCCACUUUUAUAUAAAAAUAAUAUUAAUAAAAAAACCUUUUAAAGACUCUUAUCUUUUAACAUAAAUCCACUUGUUUUGUUGAGUAAAGUGCAUUUCAGAGCACAUGAAGGGGAAAACAUGAGGACGAUAACUACUGAAGUUUUGUGUCACAGGUGUAACCUUACAAUUGGUUUUACAUUGUUAAUAAAUUUGACUUAUUUAAAAUUGAAAGAAAAAAAUCUGUUAUGUUAUUGUUUAUCUUGAAAAAUAGUGUCUGAUAGGAUCAAUUCCUCCUUAGUUUGUUGUCAUGAAUUGAUUGUGAUUGAUUUCUGCAGUUUGCUCAAUGUGCCUGUAUACAUGAAACUUAAAAUUGCUCAAGGGUGUGAUAAACCACAACAAGGAACUUUUGCAUUUUAGAAUAUUAUAGUGGUAGUUUUCACUUGUUCAUAUCUCUCCGGUAUGUCUGAUCAUUUCAGUUCACCAACUUUUUUCCCUGAUCAUGUUUCUAGUGUAAAUUUCCAAUCAUUUCUUUCCUCAUUCUAGCCCACACCGGUUAUCCUGCUGAAGGAGGGGACGGACACGUCUCAGGGCAUUCCUCAGCUCAUCAGUAACAUCAAUGCCUGCCAGGUCAGAAAAAAUAUCUUCAUCUCUUUCUGUUUGUAAAUUUUAAGAUAUUUUUGAAGCUCGUCUAAUUAUAUACCUGAAAUUUAUUUUCCAGGUGAUUGCUGAGGCUGUCAGGACCACCCUGGGACCCAGGGGCAUGGACAAACUGAUGGUGGAUGGCAGAGGUGAGUAUAGAGAGGGAUAGAUGGGGAUUAGAGGAAUAGAUAAUAGGAUGAUUUUGAAUUUCACUAACAUGACUGUGUUUUCUAGGCAAGGCCACAAUCUCCAAUGAUGGAGCCACCAUCCUGAAGCUUCUGGAUGUGGUUCACCCUGCAGCCAAGACUCUUGUGGAUAUCGCUCGCUCUCAGGAUGCUGAGGUUAGAAGCGUGCUUCUGUUUUGCUAUUUGGAUGUUUCGUUUCAGUUAAAAUCUUCAAGAGAAAAAUCGACGUCAUUGUCAAAUCAUCUAAUUUGUCUGUUUUCUUGAUUAGGUCGGGGAUGGAACCACGUCUGUCACUCUCCUGGCUGCAGAAUUCCUGAAGCAGUUGAAGUCGUAUGUGGAGGAGGGUCUCCACCCACAGACCAUCAUCAGAGCAUUCCGCAGCGCCACCAACCUCGCCGUCAGCAAGAUAAAGGACAUCGCUGUCUCCGUGAAGAAAGACGACAAGCAGUGAGUGUCAACUCCCACAGCAGCUUCUUCGCAUUUUAGAUCUGAGCCACUGAAGGAAUAUUAACGUUUUUAAUGAUCACGCUCUUUUCUCUGUCUUAUAAGGGAGCAGAGGCAGCUGUUGGAGAAGUGUGCAGCUACAGCUCUGAACUCCAAGCUGAUCGCAGGUCAGAAAGAGUUCUUCUCCAAAAUGGUGGUGGACGCUGUCAUGCUCCUCGACGAGCUGCUGUCCUUAAAGAUGAUUGGUAUCAAGAAGGUCCAGGGAGGAGCUCUUGAGGUUGGUACAUGUUUCCUACAGUCCUUCUACUUAUCCUCUGACUUAGGCAAAGAUGGAUGGAUUUCAUGUGUUUCAUCGAUGUGAGAUUCCAACACUUUCUGUGUUUUAAACUUCACAGGAGUCCCAGUUGAUCUCCGGGGUUGCCUUCAAGAAAACCUUUUCCUACGCAGGAUUUGAGAUGCAGCCCAAACGCUACGAGAACCCGAAGAUCGCUUUGCUCAACGUGGAGCUGGAGCUCAAGGCGGAGAAGGAUAACGCUGAAGUCCGUGUGAAAUGUGUAGAGGUAUGAAGAAAUCUAAAAAAGUGGCAAAAGUGUCUCUUUCUUGCAACCUCAAUUUUUAACCCCGUCCCCUUUCAUCUGCAGGACUACCAAGCCAUCGUGGACGCAGAGUGGAACAUCCUGUACGAUAAACUGGAGAAGAUCUACCAGUCAGGAGCCAAGGUGGUUUUGUCCAAGUUACCCAUCGGAGACGUGGCCACCCAGUACUUCGCCGACAGAGACUUGUUCUGUGCUGGCAGGGUACAGGAGGAGGAUCUGAAGAGGACCAUGAUGGUAGGACAGAGAAGUCGAUCUGAAUGAUAGGAAAACCUUUGAGACGAGCAGUACGUAUCAGGAUUCGAUAAACCUCUGUGUGUUAUUUGACCCUCAGGCCUGCGGCGGCUCCAUCCAGACCUCAGUGGGUGCCAUGACAGAUGACGUCCUGGGACAGUGCGAACUCUUCGAAGAGGUCCAGGUUGGAGGAGAAAGGUAUGGAGGACCAGUUCAAAUCACCAGAUCAAGAUUCUCAGAGGAAAUUGUCCGUCACUGGCUUCUCUAACCCGCCGUUUGUUUGUCCUCGCAGAUAUAAUUUCUUCAGAGGCUGUCCGAAGGCGAAGACGUGCACCAUCAUCCUGAGAGGAGGGGCAGAACAGUUCACAGAGGAGACAGAGCGAUCACUGCACGAUGCCAUCAUGAUCGUACGCAGAGCCAUCAAGGUCAGUUGAGAAGGGAGCGGACGUUUGCCUGUUUUCAUGGUGUGUGAAAAGGUUGUUAUGGCAUAUGAUCAAACCAGGAUUUCAGAUGUUUCAUCUUUAGUAAAGUGACUCAUGUCAGGGGUUAAAGAAAUAUUCCAAAUAUCAGAUUCUCUUUCCUCUGAAUAACUCGGCCCAUCUUUUGACUAUUUUGACUAUUUGAUGUAUUCCCAGAAUGAUUCCAUCGUAGCAGGCGGAGGAGCCAUCGAGAUGGAGCUGUCCAAGUACCUGCGCGAUUACUCCAGAACAAUCCCAGGAAAACAGCAGCUGCUGAUCGGAGCGUACGCCAAGGCCUUAGAGGUCAUCCCCAGACAGCUGUGUGACAACGCCGGCUUCGAUGCCACCAACAUCCUGAACAAACUGCGCGCAAAACAUGCCCAGGUAGGGAAAAAAGAUUUUUAUUUCAGAUUGAUUUUUCUAAAGGAGAGAAAUUAGGUCUGAUUCUGUUUGUCAUCUCGCUGCAGGGCGGUAUGUGGUACGGAGUGGACAUCAACAAUGAAGACAUCGCAGACAACUUUGUCAGCUGUGUGUGGGAGCCCUCCAUUGUGCGGAUAAACGCUCUGACGGCAGCAUCAGAGGCAGCCUGCCUCAUCCUGUCAGUGGAUGAAACGAUCAAAAACCCACGCAGCUCCGUCGACGGUCCUCCAGGUGGCGCCGGCCGGGGCCGAGGAAGAGGCAGACCUCACGCACACUGAUCAGAAGCAGCAACAUAAUCCCAUUUUAAACUGGUAUUGAAAUCCAGAUGCAGCUAGAAGUUUGAAUCCCCAGUACCAAUCCAGUUAAGAGUUAAUACAGAUACAGGAAAGAGUUGAAAGAGCUCUACACGUUUGGAUUUAAACUCUAGAUAAAACAGAACAUUUCAAAUACUUAAAAGUAGUUAAUAAAAGGAGGACAAGGUAGAGCCCAUCUUUCAAAUUCAAGACAAAUUAUUUGAUUGUUUUUUAGAUGGUUGACACUAUUGUUUUCUACGUUUCCCCAGUAGACAGUAACACCUGUUUUCCUUUUAUUAGCUUUUUCACUGAUGAUCGAUAUCCGACAUUGCCAGUCCUUCACUUGGCUUUGAAACACACUCUCGUCCCCUCCAUGCUGGCCCUCGACGAGCUCUUCAACAUAUUUCUAAAUGGGUUUUGUUGAUGUUACUGAUUGAAAUGUAACGGGAACGUAAAGCACUGAUGGGAUGCCGGGCAGUUCCGAACCAGUCACUUGUUGUUCUGUGUGAGACUAUUUAUUGGACCAUUCUUAUCAAUAAACUCACCGCUGAAAUCAGAC